AUGGUUUGGUGGAAGAAGAAGCCCUUUAAGCAGCGUCACCUGUGGGCCCUGGGCUGCUAUAUGCUGCUGGCUGUGGUUGCUCUGAGGUUUUCUCUCAGGUUGAAAUGUGACUUUGAGUCCCUGGAUCUGGAGUCCAGGGACUUUUGGAGCCAGCACUGUAGGGACAUCUUGUACAAGUCCCUGAAGCUGCCAGCAAAGAGAUCCAUCAACUGUUCUGGAAUCAUCCGAGGGGACCAGCAGGCAGUGACGGAGGCUCUCCUGGACAACCUGGAGGUCAAGAAGAAGCGGGAGCCCUUCACAGACACCGACUACCUUAACAUGACCAGAGACUGUGAGCACUUUAAGGCCGAAAGGAAGUUCAUACGGUUCCCUCUGAGCAAAAAAGAGUUAGACUUCCCUAUUGCAUACUCUAUGGUGGUCCACGAGAAGAUCGAGAACUUCGAAAGACUGCUGCGAGCUUUGUAUGCCCCUCAGAACAUAUACUGUGUCCACGUGGAUGAGAAAUCCCCAGAAACUUUCAAAGAGGCAGUCAAGGCGAUUGUGUCGUGCUUCCCAAAUGUCUUCAUAGCCAGUAAGUUGGUUCGGGUGGUUUAUGCCUCCUGGUCCAGGGUGCAGGCUGACCUAAACUGUAUGGAGGACUUGCUCCAGAGCUCAGUGCCAUGGAGAUACUUACUGAAUACAUGUGGGACGGACUUUCCUAUAAAGACCAAUGCCGAGAUGGUCCUGGCCCUCAAGAUGUUGAAUGGGAAGAACAGUAUGGAGUCAGAAAUACCUACUGAGUACAAAAGGUCUCGCUGGACAUAUCACUAUGAGGUGACAGACACAUUGCACAUAACCAGCAAGAUGAAGGAUCCUCCCCCGGAUAAUAUACCUAUGUUCACAGGGAAUGCCUAUAUUGUGGCUUCUCGAGACUUUGUCCAGCACGUCUUGGAGAACCCCAAGUCCCAAAGACUGAUCGAGUGGGUGAAAGACACCUAUAGCCCCGAUGAACAUCUGUGGGCCACCCUUCAGCGUGCACCAUGGAUGCCGGGUUCUAUUCCCUACCACCCCAAGUUUCACAUCUCCGACAUGACAGCCAUUGCCAGGCUGGUCAAGUGGCAAGGCCAUGAGGGAGACAUCAGUAUGGGGGCACCUUAUGCACCUUGCUCUGGAACCCACCAGCGGUCUGUCUGUGUUUAUGGGACGGGGGACCUGCAUUGGAUUCUUCAAAACCAUCACCUGUUGGCUAACAAGUUUGACCCAAAGGUGGAUGACAAUGUUCUUCAGUGCUUAGAAGAGUGCUUACGUUAUAAGGCCAUCUAUGGGACUGAACUCUGAGAUACCUUAUCAGAGAAGUGCUACCUGUGGGGCAGGAACAUGUGCAAACAUGCCCAGGGGGUGCUGGGACAGUGGGGUGGGGCACCGGGGCUCUGGAAUCCUUGGCAUCCCCAAGUCAGGGGGUUGCUAUGGGAGUGUGGGUAAGUAGAUCUCCUGCCUUACAACUUGCUGUCCCGGGUGAACACUGGGUGUGCACUCACCCCACUCCUAAUAGCUUCCCCACUGACAUUCUCACAGAGUCAGAGUCAGAGCCAGCUAUUUGGGAGAGGAAGGGAGGGCAGUGUGGCAGGGGACCCGGAUUUCAGUUGAAUGCUUGGUGUCUGCUUUUCUACUCUGUGGAGACGCUGGUUCUAAUAAUUCUAGGCUUGGUAGUGGGGGUGGGGUGGGACUUUAAUGGAAAGAGGGCCU